CUCCGCAAACCGGUUGGCCAGUCUCAUCUCAUCCUACUUGCGACAUCGUCACUUGUUCUGACGAAUAGUCGCCAAGCUCAUGAAAUCAAACGAUUGAGCCUCUCUCCUCUUCCUCCAGCACUCUCGAUCAAUAACCCGGCAUCACCUCCGAAAACCGUCCACAAUGCCGGACCUCCGCCCCCGCACACUCGCCCCACUCUUCCUCUCCCUUCUCACCGGGCACCACGUUCUCGGCCAAGCAUCGCCGGGGUUCCCCAUGGUCAUCAACACCUGGGGCGGCCCUUUCACAGCAGCCACGGACGCAGCCUACCAGGCACUCGUCAAGCCGGGCACCUCGGCCCUCGACGCUGUCGAGAUCGGCUGCGCGACCUGCGAAGCGAACCAGUGCGACGGCAGCGUCGGCUUCGGCGGCUCCCCCGGCGAGAACUGCGAGACCACCCUCGACGCCAUGAUCAUGGACGGCGUUACCAUGAAGUCCGGCUCCGUCGCCGCCCUGCGCCGCGUCAAGAACGCCAUUGGCGUCGCCCGCCACGUGCUCGAGUAUACCUCGCACACCAUGCUGGCUGGCGACCUCGCGACGGAAUUCGCCAUUGAGAACGGCUUCGUCGCUGAGAGCUUGACUACCGAGGCCUCGGCAGAGCGGUGUGCCGCGUGGCGGGCCGGAAAUUGCCAAUCGAAUUACAGGCAGAACGUCACGCCGGAUCCCAAGACGGCGUGCGGGCCGUACACGCCCGUGGAGCUCGAUUCCAGCUCGUCUGGUUAUUUUGACCUCAUUGCACCGAAUUCAGCGCAGGCGUCACAUGAUACCAUCUCCAUGAUGGCUCUGGACGCGAACGGGAUUAUGGCGGCUGGUACCUCUACCAAUGGAGCUUCUUUCAAGGUACCCGGACGCGUCGGCGACGGCCCGAUCACAGGUUCCGGCUCUUAUGUUGACGGUGAUGUCGGGGCAUGCGGCGCGACUGGCGACGGCGACAUCAUGAUGCGUUUCUUGCCUUGUUAUCAGGCCGUGGAGAGCAUGCGACGGGGGAUGAGCCCUCAGGAGGCGGCGAGGGACGCCGUAGUUCGCAUGGUAAAGAAGUAUCCGGCCGUGUCGAGCGGUAUUGUGGUUGUCAACAACAAGGGUGAACACGGUGGUGCUGGGUCUGGGUGGACCUUCACGUAUGCCUUCAGAGGUGGUAAGAUGAACGCUACUGAAGUUGUGACUGUGCCACCCGUUGUUGUCACCCGGUCCUUGCGUGUUGAGUCAGAGUUGAGGUAGAAAACGGUCGUGUCUGCUCCGUAUGAGAGUUGUUGAUGAAUAGAUCUGAUUUAAUCUUACCCCCGGACAGACUGAGAGUCGACUUCACAACGAAUGACCAAGUUUCUUCAACACAAGAUCUAGGCUCUCUGCGCUACAUGGGCCAUAUCCGGCUAUGCCAAACGCUCGAUUAUUCGAAUGAGGUUCAACUCCAAAAGACGUCAAAGCAAGGUUGUCUAUCACCAUUGUGGGGUUGCAGCACACCAUUGCCAUGCCUGGCUUUCGCCAGCCAACUUGCAGGAUGGCCAGCCAAUCCAAACAUUUGGAUACCUGGUCGAUAAGACUCUCUACCGAUAUCGCAAAAUCCUACAUUCUUGG